AUGGCAACAUUGUACAUGCCUUUUUGGGUAAUAAGCCUCCACUCGGGGACUUGGAUUUUUAGCGAGAAGUGGUGUCAGCUUUCUGCUGCGAUUCUGUCUAUCUUAGGAACUACUUCCCACCUGAAUAUGGGGCUUAUCGCCUUCAACCGAUAUGUCCGAGUCGUCAAACCAGCGAUGUACAGCAUACUUUUUCCAAGCAAGAGAAUGGCACGACUUUACUGCGCCCUCCUAUGGAUAGCUUCUACACUUGUUGCAACACCGCCAUUGUACGGGUGGGGCAAGAUAGCCUACCAUCCCUCUUUUGCUAUCUGCACUUUUUCCUGGAAGAUUCAGCAUAUUUCAUAUGCCAUAGUUCUUAUGGCAGUAUUGGUCAACGGAAACACAAUUGCAAUAUUUUAUUCCUACUACAAGAUUUAUAAGAUUCUUGUAGAAAGCACUCAGAACCUGAAUGCCCAUAGCACAGAAGACGGAGCGGCAUCAUCAGAACGUUGUCGAACUGAUAUCAAACUCUUGAAAACCAGUUUCGCUGUCGUUUGUACAUUUGUGGUGACCAUGACACCAGGUUCUGUCCUUGCGAUUUGCGAGACCGCUGGGUGUUUGAUCCCCAGGGCAAUUUCUCUGGCAGCUAUGUACCUCAUGUUUACCAGUGGUUUAGUAAAUCCAAUUAUAUACGGACUUAUGAAUCCGCAGUUUCAAGCGGCCUUCAAAAGGGCUCUACGUUUUGGUCGGUGUGGAAACAACCAAGUAAGUCAGAGGUGGACAGGAGAUGGCAUCAGGCCUUGUAGCAAGGUUCGAUGUCCUGAGACGAUAUGA